AUGAAAAUAUAUUUUCACAAAAAAAUACUCUCUCCUUAUCUAUCUAUCUAUCUAUCUAUCUAUCUAUCUAUCUAUCUAUCUAUCUAUUUCUUUUUCUCGUUAUCUAUCUAUCUAUCUAUCUAUCUAUCUAUCUAUCUAUCUAUCUAUCUAUCUAAGGCUAUUAUUACUUUUUCUCGUUCUUUAUCAAUCUAUCUAUCUAUGGCUAUUUUUUUCUUUUUCUCGUUAUCUAUCUAUCUAUCUAUCUAUCUAUCUAUCUAUCUAUCUAUCUGCUAUUAUUACUUUUUCUCGUUCUCUAUCUAUCUAUCUAUCUAUCUAUCUAUCUAUAUCUAUUAUUGCUAUUAUUUCUUUUUCUCGUUCUCUAUCUAUCUAUCUAUCUAUCUAUCUAUCGAUCUAAGGCUAUUAUUACUUUUUCUCGUUCUCUAUCUAUCUAUCUAUCUAUCUAAGGUUAUUAUUACUUUUUCUCGUUAUCUAUCUAUCUAUCUAUCUAUCUAUCUAUCUAUCUAUCUAUGUAUGGCUAUUAUUUCUUUUUCUCGUUCUCUAUCUAUCUAUCUAUCUCUGCAUCAGUCUUAUCAAUAUCUGUCUGUCUGCAUUAUUUAUCUCAGUGUGUUGAUUAAUAUCUACCUACCUUUCUACGUACCUAUCUAUCUAUCUAUCUAUCUAUCUAUCUAUCUAUCUAUCUAUCUAUCUAUCUAUCUAUCUGUUUAUUUAUCUAUGAUAAGAUAA